AGCUUACGACAACAUUUUCAUAGUCGGAACCUAUUCAGAGCCACUUAAAUCACACGUAAGGUUUUGUAACUAUCAGUCAAUUCAUGACAUCAGCCAUACUGGAUUUAUUUGCAUAUUCCAUUUGAUGUUUGGGAUUUUAAGGAUAUUUUAACAUUUAUCUUAAAUACAUGUUAUGAGAACACAAAUUAGUUAAAAUGGAAAUAUCUGAUAAAGAUUCUGGCGAGAGAAAUUUAUCAUACAUAGUAUCUGAUGAUGAGAAUGACGUCAGUAACGGAAAUAUUUAUCCACGGGAUUUGGCCAAGGAUUCUAGCGAAAUAAUAAAAACUGAGCCUGCAGGUGAAAGUAAGAUUUACAAGCGGCGUUGGUACGUACUGGGAUUGUUCUGUGUGCUGACCUGUACGGAGACAACUGUAUGGAAUACAUGGGGCCCCAUAGCAGCUUCUUGCGAGAAAGCAUUUGGCUGGGAUGUCUCAAUUAUGGCUCUACUGCCGAACUGGUUACCGAUCUCAUUCGUCUUGUCUUCGUUUGUUUUCUCAUGGAUCGUGGAUGUAAAAGGUAUCAGAUUGGCGUGUCUCAUUGCAGCUGGUCUCAUAGCAGUCGGGUCAGGGGUCAGAUGCAUUACGUCAGAACCACCAUAUGUCACGUGGACAGUCAAUAUUGGCCAGUUCUUCAACGGUUUGGGUGGACCAGUUGCCAUGGGAAUAGCGCCAGUGUUGUCGGUAGCCUGGUUUCCUCCGCAUCAGAGGACAACUGCAACAGCCACAGCGACCGCCUUCAACUACCUAGGCGUGGCUGUCGCCUAUCUCGUAGGGCCAUACAUGGUACCAGAGUCGCAGGAAAUCUCAUCGUCUCACAACCAAACUCAGAAGAAUAACAUGAGUGUUUUAUUGAACAAUGCCACAAGUACGGGUAACAAUGAUGAUGUCGAUGAAAUCCAUAGAAUUCGACACGAUAUAAUGAUAAUGCUGUACAUAGAGUGUGGAUGGUGCGUAUUGAUUUUCCUCCUGGUCCUUUUGUAUUUUCCCGCUAAGCCAAAGUUACCACCCAGCAUAUCGGCGUCUGUCGAGCGCCUUGACUUCAAAUCUGGAUUUCGGGCGUUAGUCAGAAACAAGAUGUUCUGGAUGGUUGGACUUACAUAUGGAGUCUCCACUGGCGUACUGGGGAUGUGGGAGGGAGUGCUGGACGUCAACCUUAAACCACAUGGAGUAACUCAGCGUGAAGCAGGCUGGAUAGGUUUCUAUUCUAUUAUUGCCGGAAAUGUUGGAGCAAUCCUAUUUGGCAAAUUUGCAGAUGUGUUUUCCAAACAUAUGAAGACGUUUCUAAUUGGACUUUACAUCGUAGCAACGGCGUCGUUCCUCUGGCUGAAUCUCAUACUGAACGGAGUUAUCGAGAAUUCAUUGAUCCAGAUUUAUGCCUCCAUCAUCAUUGGAACGCUGUGCGUGAAUGCUUCUCCACCAUUGUUCUUUGAGAUGGCGUGUGAGAAUUCCUAUCCAGUCGCUGAAGGCAUCACCAACUUCGCUCUUACCUUACUUUUCAACAUCGCUGGUCUGAUAUUUCUGGCUAUUCAGAUGGUUCCUAACAUCGGAACAACCUGGGAAAACUGGGUCCUACUUGGCUCAAUCGUGGUGUCUCUCCCCGUACUGCUGGCUAUGAAAGACACAUACAACCGACUUAACAUGGACGAAGGCAGUAAUAAAGAUGACCAGCCCGAGAAACAUAUAACGCAAUAACUGUUGCUGCUAUCUUAACCAUGAUUUCUUGCAUUUUUGUUCAUUACGUGUAUAAUAAAUAACAACAUCCACAAUUCUUAAAAUUUGUGAAUUGUAGCAAUUGUGUUUUUUUAAUAAUUUAAAAAUAGAUUCUGAUUAUCGAAUACCCAAUUUAUAAUCUCUCUUUUAAACCCCUGCUUAUACACUGCAUUUUGACUUCGAGCUACCGAGAGUUUAUCACAAAUUGGUAAGUUACUUCCCUUUAUAUUGUGAAUUUAACGUUUAAUCGAGUUUCACGUCUAAAUCUCACGCAAACACUAUAUGAGAAUUUAGACGAAAUUUUAAUUUUAGCACAUUACCAAAAGAUAUUGGCAAAAAUAAACUAGCGUUAUCAUAACUUAUCAUAAUGAUUAUAGCGCUAAAAACGCUUAAAUAUGGUAAACGCUUAAAUAUUUUCUUAUUGUGUAUUCUAUUAUUCUCGCUCUGGCUCCCAAUGGUUAAACUUUUAACAAUAAAAAUGCAGACGAUUCUUCAAUUGAGAAACCUCUGCUUGGUAUUCCG